CUCAGCGACCAAACAUUCCUUAUUUUCCUCUUUUUGUCAGCCACACCAAACGCCGUCGAUUUCGCUUCUGUAACCCUAACCCCAUCGAACGACUUCUUCUCAGUUCUCCCCUCCCCAUCGAGCAAAACCCUCUUCCUCUUCUGGGCGGCGGUCGAGAAGUCGGCGGCAAGUCCUCCUCCGUGCACGACCGAACAAGAAGCUCCACCACACGAGCUUCUCCUCCAGCCGGCGACCGAGAAGACAUUGAGCUGACGCGCGACCUUGAGUUCUCCUCAUUGCGUUUCUUCUUCUUCUUCUUCUUCAAUCUUGCUUGCAACUGGGAAAGAUAGUAAGAUUGUACCCUUCUCAAGCAAUUCCUUGCUUAUGUAAAGUAAUAAACUGGCUAUGUACAAACUCUGUGAGUUCGAAUGCUGCAAUUUGACUUUUAUAUCAGACUUGGCUAUGCAUCAAAACAAGAAAGUUUGAAUCUUGACAUCAGGGGCCACCAUGCUGUUCAAUGAAGUAAUUGGAAUGCUCACACUAUAUCCUUGCGCUUUCUUAUGAUGAACUGGUUAAAAUUUGAAAUAAGACUGGUACAACAUCCUAGGUCGUGAUGAAGAUUAGGGUAGAGUUUGUUCCUGUUCAUUCAUUGGAAAUGUCAGAAUCGUAUUAAAAAUGUGCUCCAUAAUGCUAUGGGCUUAGCCGCUUAUGCUUACAUUGAUGGUGGAACUUAUAUUUGUGCGUCCAUAUUGUUUAGUCUGCCUGGUCGAUGAUACGUGCAGGCUGCAGCUGUCAGAUCAUGAGGCCAUAGUUUAUACGUAACUAGGAGCAGUAUAGUAUGUAACGCCAAUGUGUUAUUGACUGAACUUUCAUUGUUUUUCCAGGUUGCUGAGUUUGCUAAUUGCUUGGUCGAGGCUACAACGGAGUUGCAGCUCAAGUAUAUAAAAAUCUCCUCUAGGACCUAUAUAUGUUGUCUAUGAUUUCCAAUUUUCCUGCAUAUUUUGUUAAAAUCGGUAUAUAACUGACAUAAAAAUUGAUUGUACCACAGGUCAAAUUGUCAAACCGGUGAUUGUGGACUUGUGGUCUCUGGCGGCUGGAGCCUGGAAGAGAAAGCCAGAACGCGCCGCCGCCCUUCUUUGCACUGUGCAUCUCUUUUUCUUUCCCCUGUCUGCUUGCUCUGGAUUUCCCAUUGUUUCCCUACCGUCUUCCUCCCCGCUCCAUUUUUCGCUGCUGUAGAGAAGCCGCCAAUGGAGAUCAAAGAAUUUUCUUUUGCUGCGGAUUCUGUCCCCUUGGCAGUGAUUGCGGCCGCUAGGGUUUCCGGUUUCAGUCUCCCGUUGGAGUCUCGUAAACCGUCUUCUACUCCAACUUUCGUCUUCUCUAAUGGGCUGGAAUUACAUGGGACUAGUGUACUCCUUCGGUAUAUCGGCCGAGCAGCCAGCAGCAUGCCGAAUUUCUACGGCCAAAAUCCUUAUGAAUCCAGCCAGGUUGAUGAGUGGCUGGAAUACGUGCCUGUACUUUCUUCAGGAUCUGAGUUCGAGAGUGCAUGCAAGUUUGUGGACUCCUAUAUCUCUAAGAGAACCGUGUUGGUAGGACAUUUUUUUACUAUCGCUGACAUAGUAGUCUGGUCAGGCCUUGCAGCUACUGGGCCAAGGUGGGAAAGUUUAAGGAAGUCGAAGAAGUAUCAAAAUCUAGUUCGUUGGUUCAACUCAAUCUCUGCAGAGUAUGGAGUUCUGGAUGAGGUUACAUCAACAUAUGUAGGGAAAAAAGGCUCAGGAAAGCCUGUGGCUGUAAAACCAAAGGAUCAACAGGCUGCUGUUAAUGGGGGAGACAUCAUCGAGAAGGGGAAAGGAAGCAGCAACAGGCCUUCAGCUGAAGUAGACCUUCCGGAGGCUGAAAUUGGAAAGGUGAAAUUGCGGUUUGCUCCAGAACCCAGUGGCUUUCUUCACAUUGGGCACUCUAAAGCUGCUCUCUUGAACCAGUAUUUUGCCCAGAGGUACAGAGGUCAGCUAAUCAUCAGGUUUGAUGAUACUAAUCCUUCCAAAGAAAGCAGUGAAUUUGUGGACAAUCUCUUGAAAGAUAUAGAGACUCUUGGUAUCAAAUAUGAGGAUGUCACACAUACUUCAGACCACUUUCCCAAGUUGAUGGAGAUGGCUGAGAAGUUGAUCAGAGAAGGGAAAGCUUAUGUUGAUGACACACCAAGAGAACAAAUGCAAAAGGAAAGGGGGGAAGGCAUCGAAUCGAAAUGCCGGAGCCACAGUGUGGAAGAGAAUAUGAAACUGUGGAAGGAAAUGAUUGACGCAUCCGAACGUGGGAAACAGUGCUGCCUCCGUGGGAAAUUGGACAUGCAAGAUCCGAACAAAUCUCUGCGUGAUCCAGUUUACUAUCGUUGCAAUCCUGUUCCUCACCAUAGAGUUGGGGACAUAUAUAAGUUGUAUCCAACAUAUGAUUUUGCGUGCCCAUUUGUUGACGCCGAAGAAGGUAUAACUCACGCGCUCCGAUCAAGCGAGUACCAUGAUCGGAAUGCUCAGUACCACAGGAUUCAACAGGAUAUGGGGCUCAGGAAGGUUCACAUUUUUGAGUUUAGCCGGUUGAACAUGGUAUAUACAUUGUUGAGCAAACGUAAUCUUCGUUGGUUUGUGGAGAAUGGAAAAGUUGAUGGCUGGGAUGAUCCAAGGUUCCCAACUGUUCAAGGUAUUGUUCGCAGGGGACUCAAAAUUGAGGCAUUAGUGCAAUUUAUUCUCGAACAGGGGGCUUCCAAAAACCUUAAUCUCAUGGAGUGGGACAAACUUUGGACGAUCAACAAGAAGAUAGUUGAUCCAGUGUGUCCAAGGCACACUGCUGUUAUUGAAGAAAAGUGUGUGUUGCUGACACUGCGUGAUGGUCCUGAUGCAGCAUUUGUUCGCAUCAUACCUAGACACAAGAAAUAUGAGGGUGCUGGAGAAAAGGCCACAACAUACACAAAGAGCAUAUUGAUUGACCAAGCUGAUGCUCAGUCUAUCUCAGUAAAUGAAGAGGUUACCUUGAUGGACUGGGGGAAUGCGAUUGUGCAGGAAAUUGUGAAGAAUGAAGAUGGAACGGUCAAAGAGUUGUUUGGUGUUCUACAUUUGGAAGGCUCUGUAAAGACCACGAAGUUGAAGCUAACCUGGCUGCCUAAGAUAAAUGAAUUGGUUAAGGUGUCGAUGGUCGAGUAUGACCAUCUGAUCACUAAGAAGAAGCUGGAAGAAGAUGAGAGCUUCAUGGAUGUUCUCAACCCGUGUACAAAGAAGGAGAUUGCUGCUCUUGGUGAUUCAAACAUACGUAAUGUGAAGCAUGGUGAAAUACUGCAGCUGGAGAGGAAGGGUUACUUCAUAUGUGAUGCUCCUUUUGUCAGACCUUCCAAACCCGUAGUUCUCGUUGGAAUCCCGGAUGGCCGUGGUCGCUAAGCCAUGCAAUGGUAAAGUAGACCUAAGUGGUACUCUUUCCCAUUUCAUUACAACUAUGAUCUUGACAUCCUGUUGAAGCCCUGGCGUUAAAGUGUUCUUGGUAGCUCAUGUUUGGUAUCUUUCAGGUUCGAAGGGCAAUUUAUACAGCAGAAGAAGAGACUGGAAAGAUGUUUCGUUGUUGAUCUUUCGCUGUCAUGGCCAUGGAUGUCAACCUCUGCUUGUUUGGGUCCGAAAGCUUUUGAGUAGGGUGCUGAGUAUUAACAAAUUCCAAGUUGGGUUGUUUGUAGUUGCUGGAGGCGUUAAUGUUAUUCAUGAAUCUGCAAGGCAUUUUAGUUUAGAACUUCUUGAUUAAGAGAUGAUAACAAUUUCCAAAUUCCAUGUAUACUUUUCAUUGACAAGGGUUUUGAUAGCUUGGUCCAAUUAACUGAGAGUUUUGGCGGGCAUGACAAGGUUCUGAAUCCAUUUGCGGAUUUGAUGCUGCUCUCCCUCGUACGUAUAGAACUUCUUGGCACCUUACCUUCUGAAUUCUCACAAGGGAGAAGGCCAAAAUUCCCAAAUCACUCACUCCCUCCCUCCGUUCACCGGCCGAUGGCCAUCGCCGUCUCCUCCUCAUUAAUUUUGUGGGCAACUCAUGGGCGGUCAUAUCAUUGGCCGUGGAGGAAUACCCUAAUACCUUAAAAAGCCGUUUAAUAGAAUUUUGUUGCUGUUUUGGUUGCAAUAGCAACUCAUGGGUAGUCAUGUCAUUGGUAGUGGAUGAAAUAUCUUUAUACCUCAAAAAGCCAUUUAGUAGAAUUUUGUUGUUGUUGUGAUUGCAAUAGAAUUGUGAUAAUAAAGGUAUAAUCACAACAACAUGAAAUAAAAAAUGAAAAUCUGUUUAAUUGGUAUUUCUAAAAAUAAUGAAAGUUGAGAAUCAUAAACAGAAAUGCAUUUAGUUACUUUCUUUAGGCCCCAUUUAGUAUCAAUGUUGAUAACAAGAUAAAAGUUGGAAAAUAAUAAGAGGAAUAAUGACGAGUUAUGAGAAAUUGAGAGAAAAAAUAUAUGAAAAUAACAUUGACAAUAAGUUUUCGGGGAUGAGUUAUGUGGAAAUGGAGAAGAAAAAAGUAUGUAGAAAGUGGGUCUAGUGAGAUAUAUUAAUAGAUUUAUUUGAAUGAAAUUAUUCCAAAAACUAAUAGGAUCGCACAAAGAAUAAUUUUUGGAAACAAUAUUUUUUGGAAAUAAAGAAGCUAAUUAAAGUGAUUUCACUGGUUUCAUCUAAUUUAUGUUGUGUUGUCAACUUCCGUUGUUGUGAAACGAAAACAGAAUUCAACUGGAAACAUGAAAUGAUACCAAAGAGGCCUAAGAUAAAUAGCUAGUUGGUGAUUUGUAAGUCCGCAAAUGAGUUGACCUGCUCUUGAGCGACUCGGCGUUCGACUCCGAAGAAACUCUUUCCACACAUGAGUUCUAGUUCAGCUUUGUUCAGCUCGCAAGCUUGUGCGUGAGCUCCACUCGGUGGCUUGUUGAUCUCAACUCUUGAACUAUCUCGUUUUGACUUUUGAGCAACGAGCUUGGUCAACAGUAUGUGGAUAGCGAGCCGCCUCAACUAGCAACUUACGAGCGAAUUAAUUAAUAGCUUAUCA